AGGAGAAUGAUCCCCCACCCCUCUUUGUGGUUGCAGCAGUGUUGUGGAAGUCGGAUUCGGGUCAAAGCUAGCAGGGGACUCAAUUCGAAAAGAAGGCUCACUUACCCGGAUCAUCAAAAUCGAGCGAAUAGCAAAUUCAGACUAUUGGCCGUAAGCUAACGUGUCUCGAAGCUUCAUUUAAGCUUAAACGUCGACUUCGUUGUCCGACAGUGAUAGCUAUCACGCGGUAGAACGCGCUACUAGCUAGCUAAUGGCGUUAACUGGGCUAGUGUAGUAUCCAUAACUAACGACUGUUUGCUAGCUAGCUGUCGUUUGACAGCCUUUGUCAUUUGAACUGUUCAAAUCUUCAAUUCGGAAAGUCAUUAACGAGCCGUGGGGUAUAUUUUGUUCCAAGGAAACAGUUGUUUUGUUUUAUAUAGGUAAGGAUUUGAUAUAAGAGCUCGUUUAUUGAGCUAUGUCUCUCCACGGUAAGCGAAAAGAGAUCUACAAAUACGAAGCGCCAUGGACGGUGUAUGCAAUGAACUGGAGCGUUCGUCCCGACAAACGCUUUCGCCUGGCCCUUGGAAGUUUCGUUGAAGAAUAUAACAAUAAGGUGCAGAUUGUGGGUCUGGAGGAGGAGAGUUCAGAGUUCAUCUGCAGGAACACCUUUGACCACCCCUACCCCACCACCAAGAUCAUGUGGAUCCCGGACAGCAAGGGUGUUUACCCAGACCUGCUUGCCACUAGCGGGGACUACCUGCGCAUCUGGAGGGUCAGUGAAACAGAGACGCGUUUGGAAUGCUUGCUGAAUAACAACAAGAACUCUGACUUCUGUGCCCCACUCACCUCGUUUGACUGGAAUGAAGUGGAUCCUAAUCUACUGGGCACCUCCAGCAUUGACACCACCUGUACUAUCUGGGGGUUGGAGACUGGCCAAGUGCUGGGCAGAGUCAACCUCGUCUCCGGCCACGUCAAGACCCAGCUCAUUGCUCAUGACAAAGAGGUGUAUGACAUCGCGUUCAGCCGCGCAGGCGGUGGUCGGGACAUGUUUGCGUCGGUCGGCGCGGACGGCUCAGUACGCAUGUUUGACCUGCGGCACCUGGAACACAGCACCAUCAUCUAUGAAGAUCCCCAGCACCACCCCCUGCUGCGCCUCUGCUGGAACAAACAGGACCCCAACUACCUGGCCACCAUGGCUAUGGACGGCAUGGAAGUUGUGAUUCUGGACGUGCGUGUUCCCUGCACGCCGGUGGCCCGCCUCAACAACCACCGGGCCUGUGUCAACGGCAUCGCCUGGGCUCCCCACUCCUCCUGUCACAUCUGCACUGCAGCCGACGACCACCAGGCGCUGAUAUGGGACAUCCAGCAAAUGCCCAGGGCCAUCGAGGACCCUAUUCUGGCCUACACAGCUGAGGGGGAGAUCAACAACGUCCAGUGGGCCUCCACCCAGCCUGACUGGAUCGCCAUCGGCUACAACAACUGCCUAGAGAUCCUGCGGGUCUAAAGCCAACCUUCACCUGAGGGGUGGAUGUGAAGGGCUGGAGGAUGAGGAUGAUGUGUGGAUUCAGAACUUGGACAUGUUUUUUUGAGUGGAAGUAAAUCUUGCAGGACUGCCUCAAACCACUGCUCUGUCCUGGCUGAUUGAUGUGCGUAUGGGAGGUGGUGUGAACUCUUUGUCCCACUCCACAAUGUCCUGGUUUACUCUGUUUUUGAUAGAACUAAUCCCUGUGUCAAAAGGAGUAUGUUGUCUUUAUUUAUUGUUUUGGUAAUCAUCAGUGUCUGUACAGCGCCAUAAUGCAUCAGUGUCUGUACAGCGCCAUAAUGCAUCAGUGUCUGUACAGCGCCAUAAUGCAUCAGUGUCUGUACAGCGCCAUAAUGCAUCAGUGUCUGUACAGCGCCAUAAUGCAUCAGUGUCUGUACAGCGCCAUAAUGCAUCAGUGUCUGUACAGCGCCAUAAUGCAUCAGUGGGUUCAACAAUUCUAGAUGGUCAAUUCAUUAUGCAGUGAAACAGUGCAGUUCCAACUGAAGACUGCCUCUUGAGUGUGUUUAACCUGUUGUUUUAGCCAGCUAUAUGACAUAUUUAGGGUCAGGAAACUGGAUUUAAAAUGACACUCACUGUCAGAAAAUGUAAUUUAGGGUCAUCUGGGUGUCUUUCUGAACUGGUUUGAAUCCAGUUGUAGACUUCUAAAUUUGAAACCAUUAGGCUAAUUUUAAGGCCUCAUAAUUAUUUUUAAGUAUUUUUUUUUAAUGGUUUGCUGGUACCAGAUCACUUCCAUGAUUAUACUGUGAUAAUCUGACAUAUAGUGAAGUGACUGAAGUGUUAUGGUUCAAUACCACAGGAAGUUGGUGGCACUUUAAUUGGGGAGAACAGGCUCAUUCUAACGGCUGGAGCGGAAUAGGUGGAAUGGUAUGAAACACAUCUAACACAUGGUUUCCAGGUGUUUGAUGCCAUUCCAUUUGUUUUGUUCCAGCCAUUAUUAUGAGUCGUCCUCCCCUCAGCAGCCUCCUGUGUUCAACACACAGUUUGGAUACUUUGCCAUCAGCCCCUUUGGACUAGACCAGAACCUACCAAAAAGAAGAUUAAUGUUUUCUUCAUUUUGAGUAGAGUUGCUCGGAACAACUGCAGUUCCUAUUCAAGACUGUGUGAAACAAAUGCGUUUACUUAGCCUAGUACUGAAGGAGAGUGAAACCUUUUUUUCUCCUGUCUCGCUCUUCCUAUCUUUUUAUUGUUCACUGUACUCGAAGGUCAACCCCCUUUUCGCAUGUUUGUACAAGGGGAAAUGUACAUACUUAUAAAUAUAUAAACCAAGAUAUUGAUGAUAAGGCAAAUCUACAUGUAGUAGCUUUUUUCAUAAAAGUUUGUAUUACCAAAUUUGCUCUAACUAAUAAAUAUUCCUUUGUGUGUU